AUGAGAGCCUGCGGGCGGGUCACUUCCUCUGAACUUCUCCAAUUUGACGAACGGCAUCCGAUAAUCCUUCCAUACGACUGCCAUCUGUCUCAACUCCUUGUUGAAUUUACGCAUCGCAUCACGCUGCACGGCGGCAAUCAGCUGAUGAUCCGCCUGAUUCGGGCCAAAUUGUGGAUUCCAAGGGUGAGGAAUUUGGUCAAGUCCGUCGUCUAUGCUUAUAAAGUAUGUGUCAUCCACAAGAAGAAAUUGCAGACGCAACUCAUGGGAGAGCUACCGAAGGAACGGACGUCCUUCUCGCGCCCAUUCACGUACACAGGUGGGGAUUAUGCCGGUCCUUUCGAGAUAAAGAACUAUACGGGGCGAGCCUGCCUCAUCACAAAGGGGUAUGUGUUGGUGUUUGUGUGCUUCUCCACUCCCGGAGAGGAUGCCCCCAUCAAGUGCAUCACCAGCAGCUUCUCUGGCAUUUCAUUCCUCCGGGAGCCCCCACAUGGGAGGCCUGUGGGAGGCAGGCGUCAAGAGCUUCAAGACCUUGUUCUACAAGUCUUUUACACCUUUGAGGAGCUGGCUACUCUCCUGGCGAGGAUCGAGGCGUGCCUAAAUUCGCGGCCGCUCGCGCCAAUGUCCGAAGACCCUGCUGAUCUGAUGGCUCUUUCACCCGGGCACUUUCUGGUGGGAGGUCCUCUUCUCGUCACGGUCGAACCCGAGCUAAAGGGGGAUACUACGUCAAUUAUUAAUCGCUGGCAGCACCUGAAAGCUCUUCAACAGCAAUUUCGGCUGCGAUGGAAGGAAGAGUACCUCAAGGAGCUCCAUAAGGGAUAUGGACGUUCCGUCCAAUGA